CGCCGCCCGCAUUCGAAAACCUUCCUCGCGAAACCCCAGCCCCGCUCCUCCGCUCCACCCCCCACCUCCCCUGGUCCCUCGCGAGAGCAGGUCCGGGUCGCGUCUCCGGCGGCGGAGAAGCAAGACAAGGGCGGCGGAGAUGUCGGUCAGCAACAUAGGGAUGAUGGACGGCGCCUACUUCGUGGGGCGGAACGAGAUCCUCGCCUGGAUCAACACUACCCUGCAGCUCGGCCUCGCCAAGGUCGAGGAGGCGGCGUCGGGCGCGGUGGCGUGCCAGCUCAUGGACGCGGCGCACCCCGGGGCGGUGCCCAUGCACAAGGUCAACUUCGACGCCAAGAACGAGUACGACAUGAUCCAGAACUACAAGGUCCUGCAGGAUGUGUUCAACAAGCUGAAGAUCACCAAGCACAUUGAGGUUAAUAAGCUCAUCAAAGGAAGGCCCCUAGACAACCUGGAGUUCAUGCAGUGGAUGAAAAGAUACUGUGAUUCUGUUAAUGGUGGAUUCAUGACCAGCUACAAUGCUUCCGAGAGAAGAGAAAGCAGCAAGGGUGGGAAAGACACCAACAGAAGGACAUCAGGGACUUCCCAGGCGCCUGCCAAGUCUGCAUCCACCACCCACAAAGCUCAGCCUCCGUCGCACGCAGCUAAGCGGGCCAACGGGCAUGCUUCAAAUGCUCCACAGCGGUGCGCAAAGCCGCCUCCAGCUUAUGAUGCACAGAUGACCGAGCUGAAACUCCUUGUUGAUAGCGCCGAGAAAGAGAGAGAUUUCUAUUUCUCUAAGCUGCGGGACGUUGAGAUCUUGUGCCAGAGCCCCGAGGUUGAGCAUUUACCGAUUGUGAAGGCUAUCCAGAAGAUACUCUACGCUUCGGAGGACGACCCCUCGACGGUGGCGGAAGCCCAGGCAGAGAUGGUGGCGCAGCAGAACCAGAUGCAGCAGCAGCCAAUGCUGAGCCCCAUCCUGGAGGCGUCCGAGGCCCCAAGCAUCACCCCCAAGGAUUCUUCCGAGGAGAGCUUGAGGCAGGAAGCAGCGGCAGCACACAAGAGGAAGAGCAUCUCGGACCUGGAGGAGUUCGAGAUGGGGUCGAGCUCCAGGAUGAGGCUCUCAGACGUCUCGGACGUGCAGCUGUGCGGCUCACCGUUGAUGAGCUUCACCUGAAAGAAAGGAGGGACCGAAUUGCAGGGGCUGAGUUGAUGUCAUUGCCGGUUAUGACUUGUGGGUUUAUCUUGUGUUGUUUCGUUUGUUGUUUGGUGUCAUAAUGUGUGUGCUCUUGUGGAGCUGGAGUUGAACCUGCCUUUGACUGUGAUCGAUCUGCCACAGCAUUUGUGGCCUUCUGCAACAUGUUAUUAUUGAAUAGCCUCUUUUAUGUA